CAGAUUGUUUGCUUCCUAUCCUGUUUUUGUUAGCGGGAAAAUUCAGGCUAGCAACGACAAGCUAGCCAAAUUGUCGGAUUGAGUUCGUUUGAGUCCGUCGGCGGACCACUAUGGACCCUUCGGAGGUCGAGUUCUUAGCCGAGAAAGAGUUGGUGAAGAUCGUUCCCAAUUUCAAUCUAGACAAGUUAUAUUUGAUCGGGGGGGACUUGGGACCAUUUAAUGCCGGCCUGCCGCUGGAUGUCCCCGUGUGGCUGGCACUCAACCUCAAACAGAGACAGAAAUGUAGAAUCGUUCCACCCGACUGGAUGGAUGUUGAGAAACUCGAGGAGAUCCGAGAGCUCGAGAGGAAAGCGGCCGCCUUCACUCCUGUUCCCAGUCCGUACUACAUGGAGCUGACCAAACUGCUGCUAAACCAUGCGUCUGAUAACAUCCCCAAAGCCGAUGAGAUCCGCACACUCGUCAAAGACAUCUGGGACACGAGGAUCGCUAAACUCCGACUCUCUGCAGACAGCUUCGUCAGUCAACAGGAAGCUCAUGCAAAGCUGGACAACCUGACUCUGAUGGAGAUCAACACCAUCCGAGGGUUCCUCCUCGGGUCGCUCAACUGCAUGUAUAAGCUGCGCUCCAAUCUCCAGCCGGGAUCCAGUAAGGGACAGUAUGGGGACUUUUGACGGACGCACCUCGAUAGCGCAGUAAGAAGCGCCGGGAUGGCGGUGUUGGACUUUUUACCGUCAACGUCACUUUUAAGACUUCUACGGUAUGACCGUUCUAUUUGUGUCUGGCACAGUGUGUUCAGUUUAAGACCCGAUACAUUGAUAAUUGAAUGUUGCAUUAAAAAAAAUUGGGAAUAAAAUAGUGAUUUUCUUGUGA